CCCCGUUCACACAAUUAUCAACACAAACUCCUCCCACAAACCUUUCUCCGCACUCCUCCAUCUAACCUUUUCUCCAAUCUGACCUGGACACCAUCUUCAGAAAACUUUGAGCACGAUUUGAUGAAGGAAGUUGCCUGCACCUUCGCCCUUCACCAUCUCGACGUCUCCCGACCCACCUUCUGAACGGUUUCCGAUAUUCGCCAUCCCCUUCACAUUUCCCCUUCUCCAGCUAUUACCUGAGUCCGUUCACACGAUCUUAGAACACGGAGGAGGCUUCAUUGUGAUAUUUGCCAUCUCCAGAUCUUGGAGUUUACAUUAAAGACUACUUUCAUCCGCCGACGCCGCGAUUAGCAAUCCGACCUGGAGCUUCCAGCCCUGCUAUCAGUCAGGACCACGAACCCACGACUGGUGACAAAAUCAACACUAUUCCGGGGACUUGUUCCCUAGGUAGUUGUGAGCAUGGGGAGGAUCGAGAAGUCGUCGACGGCGCGCCACGAUGCAACCCUGUCUCCGAUCAUAAGCAAUUUCAUCAGUGAUAUCCAAAAGUGUCCCGUCCAUCAGAUACCGGCGAAAAUCGCCACAUUCCCAGGUUUAUGGCCUUUCCCGAGAGGCGAUCUCUACCACUGGAUUCCUGCCCUCGACCAGUUCGACUCGAUCUUGGAGCGAUGUGUUAAGGAAUAUGGCCUGGAUAAAGGACCUCAAUCUCAACCUUUUAGCAAUCGAGUUUCAUGUGGGGCAGAUGAAGAAGCAUCGGAUAAAAAAGAGCACAAUGAAAUCCCCGAGGAUGCCGAUUUCCGCCUGCUUCACACCAUCUUGCGGUUCACAACGCUGCUGCUUGAAAACUGUGGAAACCGAAGCAUCUAUAACAGCAGCAGCCAUCUGAACAACCUCCUCAACACCACCGACCUUCGAAUUCUCACCGGAACACUCGAAGUCGCCGUCCGUCUUUCUAUGCGAUAUUUCUCAUCACGACAGCGGUCAGCGAACAACUCACUUGUCCCGCCUCUUCACAACCUGGUUGCGUUCAACUUGGAUAAUAUCCACAAACUUGCAUCACCGUUUUCUACCGGUACACCGACUAGCGCGCACAGCUCGUUGCUAAGCUUUAAAGGCAAGGAAUCUAGCGAUCCCGUGCCCGGAACGUCGACGAAGCAAGCCAAGGUCAGCGGAUCGGAUCUGUCAGCUUUCGUCGGGCCAGAUAGCACGGAACAACUGCGUCAACAAGAUUGGACUACUGUUAGUUUGAGCUAUUAUGCAGAGUCGAAGUCCCACGCGGAUUCGUCAUCUGAACAGAGAAGGCGAUCCAGAGAUGAUGUGGCAUCACCUUCUGCUUCUCCCACGGCCCAACGAGCUUCAAACAUCGCUGCACGGCAGAGUGGCACCAACGAACAAGCAAUUGCCUUUGCGAAUGAACACGAGGAGCGGAAACGAUCUGAUCAGCAGUCCAUAGAGAUCUCUCGCGAUGAAAUCUCCUCUUUACAGGUCGAAGAGCUAGUUGCCAAGCAUGUCGACAAUCUUCCUACCGCCAACAAAUACGACUUGCUCCACAAGAUCCGCAUCGCCAAGGCCAUAUCAUCCGGCCAUGAAGCUCGAGAAUUGCUCAUAGGUGUUCGACUACUUGCCGUGGCGAAUCUUGCCUACAUUUGCGGAGAGUCCGUCUUCCAGCAGAAGGUUGGCCAGAAUGACUCAGAUGAGCAACGCCGGCUACAGUUGGCUUAUCAGACCAGCGAAUUACUGCAGCCCUCGGUAGAUGGAAAGGAGGUCGUCUCUCGCCGCCUUCAGACUAUUGCGAUCCAGACCCUGGAAGCACUGACGAAGCAGCCAAAGAAGAGCCCCGAGGUCAACAAUGCCUUGAUGAGCAGCCAGAAUCACGGCGUUCUCUUCUACAUGGUCCGUAAAGUGGUCGCUCAAUUAGCCGUGGAGGAUGGCGAGGAACCAGAUUACGAAGAAGAAGACUGGCGGGAGGCACUUCUUGCUUUGCUCGUCGCUCUUCCAACUUCUGCACAUAGACAGGCUGAUCAUAUGGUCCAAGCUGGCAUGCUUCAGAUCCUCGUGGACGUGCUGCAGCUUCGGACGGCAAAAGCCGAUCGGUUUCACGCAAGAGUCCUGGGCUUCUUGGACUCGUUCAUAUACAAUGUCCGCGAUGCGUUCCAGACAUGGGCCUCUGCGAAAGGUUUGGAUGCCAUUGCCGAGUUGACGCUCUUUGAAGUGGAGACAGCAUUUGACGCUGCUCAACGGGGCGAAGGCAUUCCAGAGAACCACAAAACUUCUCUUACCGACUAUUCAAUCCCCUUUUUCAAGCAGCAGACGAUUCGGAUGAACUUCAAAUUCAUCAACCACAUGAUGACGCAUACCGGCACCAACAUCGACCGACUGCUCCGGAAUUUGAUCGACUCACCUCCGCUUCUGAGCGCCUUGCGCACCGUCCUGCGGAACGCCUCGACCUAUGGGUCAAAUGCGUGGAGCAGUGCGGCCACGAUCCUGAGCAACUUCAUCCAUAACGAACCAACCAGCUACGCUGUCAUUGCCGAAGCUGGGCUCAGCAAGGAACUGCUAGAGGCAGUGACUCGUCAACCGAUUGGUGACGACCCAGAAUCCACAGGCGAGGUCGAAUCAUCGGCUGUCUCGGCUGGAGCUGCAGGUGACCGUAAAACCGAAGCGACUGGCAUACUUCCGGUCGCGGAAGCAAUCACAGCAGUGCCUCAGGCUUUUGGCGCCAUCUGUCUGACCGAAGCUGGCAUGAAGCUGUUCAAGCGGUCUGGUGCGCUCGAUGCAUUCUUCGAUAUCUUCGAGAGCGCCGUUCACGUCAAGGCGAUGGGCUCGAACGAUCGGGACGUUGCAAGCGAGCUAGGCCAUGCAUUUGACGAGCUUGUUCGACAUCAUCCUUCUCUUCGAACAAUGACUCUAGUCGCGGUCCGGCGAAUGCUUGAGAAUUCGCUGCGAUUGUGUUCGAAGAAAGCACGCGACGAGGGCUCGGGCAUCAAGCUGUGGGUCUUGGAUGAAGAACAGAAACUAGUCGUCUCUGGUGGUCGACACGCUCUUGAUCUUGUUCAAGACCAGGACUCGAUUGAUGUCGAAAUGGCCAAUGCGGACGAUGCGGGAUCAGAGAGCGCCAAAGAGCCCGUCUCAUCUGAUGAGGUCGAGAAGUUUGCUGGGCGGAAAGACAAUGUUGAUGCAUCCGAGAUAAUUUCGGUUGUCUCUCGCUUCCUGGUUGGCUUCUUCUCCAACUCCACCAUCUGCACCAACUUUAUCGACAACGGCGGCAUGGAAUAUAUCCUGGAUCUCGCUACUCACCCAGGACUUGAACAUGACUUCAAGAAGCCACCAUUUCCCCUGCAGCCGAGCAUUUCGCAUCAAGCUUACGAUGUCAUCCGCCUCCUGCAGAUGAUCAUGGAACAGAAACCACAUUUGGGCCUUCCCCCUCUCCUGAAUCGCAUCCAGCGUGUCAUGCAAUCGCUCGCUCCUUUCACCGACUCAGCGGAUCCAUCCUCGUUUUUCAGCACCUUUGCCUAUCCAUCCAUUUCCGGCAAGGCACCCGCAGAUUUCACGCUGAACCAAGGUACCCUUUACGUCAAGCGUCUGCAGACAAUCUAUGUCCUCUGCUCCGCGUUGAUGUCUGCAUUGAUGCAAAACAAGACCUACACGCAUCGGGCGUCAUCGACCAUCGCCAAUCAAGUAAACCUGACGGAUGUGUAUAUCACGAUCCUUGAAGGGCUCGGCAAACUCCAAAGCGCUUGUGAAUGGGAAUGGACGAUCCUUAUGAGGCGCUCCAUCGAGACUCUGAAGGAAAGGAAGCCAAAGGAUCCUGAUAGUAUACCAGGUCAGGACAGUGAGCCAAGCAAUGCUGCCGCAGGCUCUAGCUCGGAAAACCCUCAAGUCGAAGUGACCGGAACAAACGGCCAACCUGAACGGCCAGAGAUUCAUUCUGUACCCGAGAAGAAACGGGGUCCGGCAUUCAACAAGAACAUCCCAUUGAUUGAGAGCCUUCUUGACAACGUUUCGCAAGUAAUCACACCUCUACGUCUUGCGUUCGGAAAGAUUCUCUUGCUUCGACCGCGAAUUGAAUCAUAUCCGAAACAAAAUGCGAUCAAGGUCGCCGAGAAGCUGGCUCAAUGCGCAAUCUCUCAGCUCCAGUACAGCAAGCCGACUUCUCAGGACGAUAUGGAGUUUAGGUUCAAAUAUUUCAUCACCGUCGUUCGGUCAUUAGAGGAUGCCAUGAUUGAGGGAUCUGCGACCGAUGCUUCGGGCUCGCCCACGCAAAUCCUUACCCUCGUCAUCCAGUCGUUCAAGAACCAAGGUGGAUUUGAUGUUCUGCGCUCGAUCCUCGAAUCUUGCGCCGAGUACGCCCGGUCCAAUGUGCCCGAGGGGAAUAAUGAAGAGGGCAAAGUCGACGGGCCGCACUUCAUCCACGGUCUCUCUUUGGCCGCGAUCCAAGCUAUCGUCGCGUUUUAUGCGCAGGUGAUCAACUCGAAGAACGUCAAUGAUGCCACCCAAAGUCAGGCACUGCUCUCACGGGAGCGCAACCGCGACCGCGAACGACCAGAUUAUUUUUCACCAUCCCAGUUCUUGGUGGAGCUUCGAACAUUGACAGCAAAGCCGGUGAUGGGUUUAUGGGAGUCUGAUUUCAUGAAUCUUGAGAUUCGGGAGACCGCUCGAUACAUUCUUGACAUCCUGCGGAUCGUCCUUGAGGGCGACUCUGAGAAUGGCGCAUGGGAGCGAUCGAACAAGAUUCCAAAGAAGAGAGAGUUGACUCCUAGGACAUGGUCCCCUCGAGAUCAGGAAAACCUUAGACUUCUCGAGAACGACUAUGGGGCCGACCUUGCAAGAGAAGCUCUAUUCCGAUGCAACGAUAACUAUGCGAACGCUCGGGAAUAUUGUUCGGUACGCAGGACCGACCCGAGGUCAAUCAGGAACCGAAUCCCCCAGGAGGAGCUCACAACUCCGACGCGAACCCGCUCCCCGGCGCAGCAGCCCGCGAACGGUGAUGCCCAGCAGCCAGAGUCUCGACUAAACGAACCUGCGGCAGACAAUCCACUGAGCUCAUCGGUCAUCAUGCAGGAUGUACUGGAUAGCAACGACAUCCACGGAUCAAACGUCUCGCCACCCCAGCUGCCCGCCUUGGCUAUCACUGACGAUCAGAUUCCGAGACUGCUCGACUUUACCGGGGCUCCUAUGCCACCGCCGCUUGAACGCGAUACUUCCACCCCUGAGAGUCGAAACUCGGGGGUGGAAGCUGCGAAGCAACCUGAUGUCAUCACCGUGGAUGAUCUUGAUGAACUGCGUGCAAGUCUACGGACGAAUAUGAUCGAUCGCAUUCUUGAUGUUCUGAACGUGCAUCCGGAUCUUACGUUCGAACUGGCAGAUCUCAUCAACGCAACUAUAUCCAAGGCUGCGGAUCAGACGUCGCUGCGUCAAGAGAUUGGCACCAUUCUGGUUCAGUCGCUCAUUUCGCUGAAGAUGGAUGAUGAUGAGAAACCGGAGGAUUGGCGUGCUCAAGGAAAGAAGAUUGCGUCCUGCGCACAUCUCUUGGCUCUUACGCUUCAAGACCGACAGUUCUACAAUGCCGCCCUUUCCGAUCUCAAGGACAACUUCGAGGCCCUUAUUGGUUUCAUCCGAAUCUAUCCUGUUGGUGCAGACGAGGAGUCGGUGACUUGGGUUGGACAGGUGCUCCUUAUCCUGGAGAAGCUGCUUUCCCACGACCUUCAACCCAACCAAAUCAAAUGGACCGCUCCGAGCGAAGAUACCGAGGAUUUCGAUAUUGCUCCAAUUUCUCCCCCGGAACAAUUUCUACCGCUGGAAGAGAAGCAGAAACUUCUUCAGUCGCUCAUCAAGAUCCUUCCGAAGAUUGGCAAAGAUGCAACGCUUGCUCUGUCAGUGAUCCGUGCCUUAGUCAUGCUGACGAGAACUCAUAAGCUUGCAAAGCAGCUUGGGGAAAAACAGAAUAUCCGAAGCUUGUUCCUCAUGGUUCGGCAGUUGAACGGGUUGGGUAGUAACAAGCUGCAAAAUGGUUUCAUGCUGAUUCUGCGCCACAUUGUGGAAGACGACGAGAUCAUCCGGAACAUCAUGCGAAACGAGAUUCAACAAGCUUUUGAGUCACGGUCGCAGCGACCGAACGAUGUUGCCACAUAUGUUCGCCAGAUGUCCCAUCUUGUACUCCGAUCGCCGGAUAUUUUUGUCGAGGUGACCACCGAGAAGCUGCGAUUCACGCGGUGGGAUACGCGGAUGUCUUCCCUCACCCUGAAGAAGGACGAGAACACCGAAAGCGGCGAAGGCGAGAACUCCGAGAACAAGGAAGAGCCCAAGGAGCAAGCAAAGCCCGAUGCAUCUGCAGGGAAGUCCCAAGAGAUCAAGGCCCCAGUUGUUGGGCAUCCGGAUGGUGUGAUUCACUAUCUGCUUUGCGAACUUCUCGCGUACAAAGAUGUCAAGGAUGCCGAGCAGAAAGAAAAGCCAGAACAGGAAGAACGACCUGCCGGGGACGAGACCGCUACGAAUUCUCAACUCCUCUCUGUUGACACCGGCACUUCAGACGAUGCUGCAUCGGUUGCAUCGGCGGAUGUUACUCCGCCACGGACCGACCAGAAGUUCAAACCGGAAGAUCACACGAUUUACAUGUACCGUUGCUUCCUUCUUCAAUGCCUUGCGGAGCUCCUGUCCAGCUACAACCGGACCAAGAUCGAGUUCAUCAACUUCUCGCGGAAGUCCGAUCCCCAAAAUUCCACUCCCUCAAAACCGCGAGCGGGCAUUCUCAACUAUCUUCUCAAUUCCCUAGUUCCCACGGGAUCGAUCGCUCAUCCCAAUGAUAUUGAAUCAAAGAAGAACUCCUCUACAUCGGGAUGGGCCGUUUCUGUCCUCGUGGCUCUAUGCUCAGAGACAGGCGAGACCGGGACGACACGAAAAGCAAAAGAUGAAGCAGAACCCGACUCUGACCUGAUAUUCGUUCGGAAGUUCGUGCUGGACCAUGCUAUCAGAGCCUUCAAGGAUGCCCAAGGUUCUUCGGACCCUCUUGAGAUGAAGUACUCACGACUCCUUGGCCUUAGCGACCUCUUCCAUCGAAUGCUCGUGCGGCCACCACAGGGAUCGAGCGCGCCUGGUGUGAUUCCAGACCCAUCGUCGCCAAAACAGUUGGCGAAGAUGAUGUACGAGAAGAACUUUGUGGCGACCUUGACGAAUGCCACAACUGAGAUCGACUUGAAUUUCCCCAACGCGAAGCGUGCCAUCAAGUACAUCCUCAAGCCUCUCAAAUACCUGCUUCAUCUGUCUAUCCAGCUCAGCCAGAGCUCGGAACUCCCACUCACCCCAGGGUCAAUGGAAGACGAUGCGAUAUCGUCCGCGUCUUCUUCUGUCUCGGAAAUGAGCCAUGAUCGCGAAGAGACUCCGGAUCUCUACCGCAACUCGACAUUAGGCUUUCUUGAACCCAACCAUGAUGAGUUCGACGAGGCUGAAGACAUGGAUGAAGACGUCGAGCUCUAUGAUGACGGCUACCCUGACGAUAUGGAGUUCGAUGAAGAGCAAGAAGAUGAAGACGAUGUUGUCAGCGAUGACGAAGAUGACGGCGUUGGUCCCAUUGAAGGCAUGCCAGGCGAGGGCCCAAUCGAUGUCGAAGUUGUUAUGGAUGAUGGAGCCGGCAUGAGUUCCGAUGAUUCGGACGACGACGACGACAUGGAUGAAGAUGACGACAUGGACGAUGAGGACGACGAUGAAGAUGAUGAGGAUGACGAGGGUCCAAAUGAACACAUCGAAGAAGACUUCAUCGAUGACAAUGGUAGCCUCGACGACCACGACGCGGGUUGGGAGGAAGAGGAGGCGGAAUAUGGCGAUUUCCAUGACUUCCAGGACGAGAACGGCGAGAACGGCGUCCACGGAAAUGGACUCGAUAACAUCGUGUCAUUGCUGCAAGGAGAUCAACCCCCUGUCCAACUUCUUCAACAGCUCGGUGGCGAUGGCGACAUCGGAAUCGAUAUGGGUGGUGAUAACUACCUAGACGAGGAAGACAUGGAUGACAUGGAAGGUGACGAGGAAGACGAGGAAGACGACUAUGAUGAGGACGAUGAUCUGGUGUAUCGUCCAGAUUUCGAUGACGAUGACUCCAAUCUUCCCCCCGGCGCCAUGUGGGGUACAUUCCCUCCGGCUGGCAUGCGUCUCGGCCACCCACAUCACCACCACCAUCACCAUGGUGACCCUAUGCGCCUCGACCAUUUCCGUUCCCACGGUCGCGAUCCUAUCCGAAACAUAUACGGCGCUCCGCAUCGCAGUCACCGACCUGGAGCGGAUCGUGGUGCGACCGAUGGAACCAAUCCUCUACUGGCUCGUCCUGGCCCGGUCUCCCCGACUGGAGGGCGCAAUAUCCCCCAUCCCGUUGCCGUGGACUUGUUGAGCGACUUCCCUUUCGACUUCGACCCCCUGCGACUUGGAGGCCGCGGGCCUAGUGGCAUGGGUGGCGAGAUGCCGUUUGCCCUGAUCAAUCAGAUCCUUUCCGCCGUCCAACAGAACACGAUGCUUCAUGGGCGCACUGGGCCAAUCCGUUUCUCUAUUACAGGAACGGGACUCCCAGGCCAACGAAUGCCAAACGCCUUGGAGGGAGCCUUCCGGAUUUCUGGAUCUCGCUCUGACCCGACCUCUCAACAGCCAACUCCGUUCACAGCAGUUUACUUUGUCCCAGGUACUACGAUCGUUCGUUGGCAGGAAGAAGCCGCACUCUUGUUUGGAACCAGCUCCAACGAGAAAGCCAACAAUGUGAUCAACUCCAUCCUUCGCUUGAUGGUUCCUCCUGCUAUCAAAGCCCAACGGAUCGAGGCUGAGAAGGCCCGGAAGAGGGCGGAGGAAGAAGCCGCGCGAUUGGCUAAAGAGGAAGCCGAGAAGAAAGAACGCGAGGCUAAGGAAAAGAAAGAGCAGGAAGAGCGAGAGGCCGCAGAAGCGGCUCAGCGAGAGGCCGAAGAACGAGCACGUGCUGAAGAAGCUGCCCAGCACGAAGAGGAACACGAGGAUGAAGACGAAGCGGAAGAGUCUGAUCAGGAAAUGGAGGACAUGGAGGCGACCGAACCUUCCGGUGUGGACCAGGCAGCGGCGGCGGACGAUCAGCCUCGCGUUACCAUCAAUCUUCGUGGCCGCGAAUUCGAUAUCACCGGCAUGGGGAUUGAUCGAGAAUACCUUGAAGCCCUUCCCGAGGAAUUCCGCGAGGAAGCCAUCAUGACACACGUCGCAUCGCAACGAUCUCAGGCAGUUGCCCAGGGUGAAGAGCCUAGCAGUAUCAGCCGAGAAUUCCUUGAAGCUCUUCCACCUGGGAUCCGACAAGAGAUCCUGGAGCAGGAGGCACAGGACCGACGACGUCGUGAGCAGGAAGAGGAACGUCGCCGUAGAGCUACUGAAGGUGGUCCUGCCGCGCCUGGUGCUGAGGAGAUGGACACAAGCAGUUUCCUGGCUACACUUGAUCCCCAGUUCCGCCAAGUGCUCUUGAUGGAACAAGACGAUGCCACCAUUGCCCAACUGCCGGCUCAUAUCGCUGAAGAGGCCCGAUUGCUUAACGGAGAACGCCGACUCAACCAAUACAACGAUUUCCCACGACUCAGUCGCACCCGUGCGGCCUUGCAAUUACCUACUGGUCGAGAUGAGCCACAGGCCAAGCCAAAACCCCGUCCAUAUCCUCAGAUGUUGGACAAAUCCGGCGUCGCGGGAUUGCUUCGGCUGAUGUUUGUCCCAAUGCAAGGGAGCGCGCGGCAGAGCUUGAACGACAUCCUGCGAGACAUUUGUAUGAACAAGCAAAAUCGUGCGGAAGUCAUCAGCAUUCUCCUUUCGAUCCUCCAGGAUGGCAGUACGGAUAUUGGAGCGGUGGAGAGGAGCUUCGCUCAGCUGUCCCUCCGGGCUAAACAGGGCGCUGCCGGUCCCAAGUCACCUCAUCCUUUGAGGCGUACCUUAACUGGACAACUUCCAAAUGGGAAUGAUCUUUCUCCAUUGACUGUUGUUCAGCAAUGCUUGGGGACCCUGUCAUACCUCACAAGUGGUUCCAAUUCAAGCAUGGCAUUGUUUUUCCUCACCGAACACGAGACCAGCGGUGGGAUCCGUCAUCGUACACCCAAGAAGGGCAAGGGGAAAGAGGUCAAGGCCAUCAAGUUCCCACUCAACGCACUCUUGAGCCUCUUGGAUCGCAAGGUCAUCAUGGACAGUUCGCAGGUGAUGGAACAGCUCGCUUCUUUGCUCCAGAUUAUCACCAACCCCCUGAAUCAUCUCCUCAGGAAGGAAAAGGAGGCAGCUCAGCAAGAGAAGCCAGAUGAAGGAGAAGAAGCUCAGACCAGCGGACAAACCGAAACCGAGACCGCCCCUGCGGCAGGAGAUUCUGAUGUGGUGAUGACUGCCAAUGACCAGACUGCUGCUGGAGCCGAAGCUGCAACCAAUGACGGACAACAGCCAGCUGAGACCACCGCCGAACAGGGAGCUGCGUCCACAUCUACGCCAGAAGAAAAGCCAGAAGACAAGCCCGAAGAGAAAGAAGCGGAGAAGGAAAAGAAGACGAAAACCUUUUCCCCACCUGAAGUUCCAGAAGCCAACCUUCGUCUUGUCGUCAACAUCUUCGCGACGCGAGAAUGUGGUCCAAAGGCGUUCAGAGACACUCUUGCACUGAUCACCAAUCUCUCAGCUAUACCUGACGCGAAAGAAGUCUUUGGACAGGAACUUGUCCGUCAUGCUCAUGACCUUGGGAUCGUCAUACUUCAGGAUCUCGAGGAGUUGCUGGUUAAGAUCGAGAAUGCCAAAUCUGGUACCGACCUUCAGGGUGUUGCGUUAGCCAAAUUCUCCCCGGCGACCUCCGACCAAGCGAAACUUCUUCGCAUCUUCCUUGCGCUAGAUUACUUGUUCGACCCCAAGCGUGCGGAAACGCCAGACAAGCCAUCCAAUUCCACAGCGGCCGAACUCAACUCUCAGCAAAAGGAACACAUUCUGGCAUCGAUCUACGACAAUUCAACCUUUGGUCCGCUCUGGACAAAGCUCAGCGAGUGCUUGACAUCCAUUCGCGUCCGUGGCGACAUGUUCAACGUUGCUGCAGUCCUGCAACCCCUCAUUGAGGUCUUGAUGGUUGUUUGCAAAAACACUACCUUGAAAGAUGCGCCUCUCAACCGACAGGUGUCGAAGGAGUUCGCAGUGUCAAGCCCCCAACCGGAAGCCGCUGGAAUGGAGAAUUUGUUCUUCACUUUCACGGAGGAGCAUCGCAAGAUCUUGAACGAUCUUGUACGACAAAACCCCAAGCUCAUGAGCGGAUCGUUCUCAUUGAUGGUCAAGAAUUCCAAGGUGCUUGAAUUUGACAACAAGCGGAACUUCUUUAGCCGUGAGCUGCACCGUCGUACAGACGCCCGACACCCUCACUCGACCUUGCAACUCCAGGUCCGUAGAGACCAGGUCUUCUUGGAUUCGUUUAAGUCGCUAUAUUUCAAAUCCGGAGACGAAAUGAAAUAUGGCAAGCUCAACAUUCGUUUCCAUGGCGAAGAGGGUGUUGACGCAGGCGGCGUUACCCGAGAAUGGUUCCAGGUUCUGUCCAAGCAGAUGUUCAACCCCGACUACGCGCUGUUUAAUCCUGUGGCGUCUGACCGGACGACGUUCCACCCAAAUGCGCACAGCAUGAUCAAUCCCGAGCAUUUGAUGUACUUCAAGUUCAUUGGCCGCAUCAUCGGCAAAGCCCUAUACGAAGGCCGUGUACUUGACUGCCACUUUAGCAGGGCGGUCUACAAGCGCAUGCUAGGCAAGGCAGUCAACGUCAAGGACAUGGAAUCUCUGGAUCUGGACUAUUACAAGUCGUUGCUCUGGAUGCUUGAGAAUGACAUCACCGACAUCAUCACGGAGACGUUCAGCGUUCAAAGUGAGGUGUUCGGAGAGACCAAGGUUCAUGACUUGAAGGAGAACGGCCGCAAUAUCCCGGUUACAGAGGCGAACAAGCACGAGUAUGUCCGUCUGGUGGUGGAAAAUCGAUUGACGGGUGCUGUGACUGAGCAAUUGGAGCACUUCCUGAAGGGAUUCCAUGAAAUUGUCCCCGCAGAGCUCAUCUCCAUUUUCAAUGAGCAGGAACUCGAGCUGUUGAUCUCCGGUCUUCCGGACAUUGAUGUCGACGACUGGAAGAACAAUAGCUCGUACCAGAACUACACUCCUACUUCCCCUCAGAUCCAGUGGUUCUGGCGAGCCGUCCGAUCCUUCGACAAGGAAGAACGAGCUAAGCUUCUCCAGUUCGUUACGGGCACCAGCAAAGUGCCUCUCAACGGCUUCAAGGAGCUUGAGGGCAUGAAUGGAUUCUCCAAGUUUACCAUUCACCGUGACUACGGGAACACCGAUAGAUUGCCCAGCUCACACACUUGCUUCAACCAGCUCGAUUUGCCGGAAUAUGACUCUUACGAAACCCUCCGUCACCAGCUCUACACGGCAAUGACUGCUGGCAACGAGUAUUUUGCCCUUGCGUAAAUUUGAGCUCUUGCUCUUUUCUCAAAUUGAAACCCGAAUACCUUUAGCAUUGCCCGGCGCUUGGGGUCUGCAUGCUUUCUCAUGGGCCUACGACACGGAUGACGGAAGCGGCAUGACUAGCAGCCGCACGGAUGGGAAGUUCUCGUUCGGUGCUAGCGGUUCGACACGAGUUGCCCUUUUUUUCGUUUCGGAAUGUAUGCUUUACCUUAUUAUGCGCUUUGGUUUGAGAUUUCCGCCGCCAUGCCUACCACGCCUACACUCGAGAUACAAGCGGUGGAGGCGAAGUGCAGAUUGGCUCCACUGGGCGUUCUCGAUGGGCUGGACCGUUGGGGACAUGGGCAAAGGCAGUCUCGGCAGCGGCUAGAUGGCAAAAACUAUGGGAUCUGGGCUGCACUGUACAUAAUUUUACUACAUCAGAUAAUCGAGUGCUUCAGGU